UUGCAAACUUUGAAUGAUUUGUUUUAAGUAACAUAGAAGUUGCGGUUCUUCAAUUUAUUACUCAGAGAAGACUUGAGCGUAAAUUCAGUUAUUUCUUCUAUUUGUCAUAUGUUUUGAAUUGGUCAAUUAGAUAUUUGAGAGCAGAAGUCAUACGAUUUCAAGAUAAUCUAAAAGAUUAAAGAGCAUUUUAGAAAUGGUACUCGCUAUCUCUCUUUCUUGAACCAGUAAAGGAAAGCCCCGAGUUAUUGGAGCCGAAAGCAGGAAAGUCCCAUAAAAAAGGCCUUGUUGGAAUCCACUGUCCAAAUAACAGAAAUUGUAUGCUUGUGAAAGCAAGAUGGUGAAGUUGACUAUGAUUGCUCGUGUGACUGAUGGUCUUCCUUUAGCGGAGGGGCUGGAUGAUGGCCGUGAUAUUCAAGAUGCCGAUUUCUACAAACAGCAAGCCAAGUCCUUGUUUAAGAACCUCUCUAUGGGCCAGAUUGAGGCAUCAAGGAUGUCUGUAGAAACUGGGCCUUAUAUUUUCCAUUAUAACAUUGAAGGCCGUGUUUGUUAUUUGACAAUGUGUGACCGCUCUUAUCCCAAGAAACUUGCUUUUCAAUACCUAGAAGACCUCAAGAAUGAGUUUGAGCGUGUCAAUGGGAGUCAAAUCGAAACUGCUGCUAGGCCAUAUGCUUUUAUUAAAUUUGAUACAUUCAUACAGAAGACAAAGAAACUGUACCAGGACACCAGAACUCAGCGCAAUAUUACAAAGUUGAAUGAUGAACUCUACGAAGUUCAUCAGAUAAUGACUCGAAAUGUACAAGAAGUUUUAGGUGUUGGUGAAAAGUUGGAUCAGGUCAGUCAGAUGUCCAGUCGCUUGACAUCAGAAUCCCGCAUUUAUGCUGAUAAAGCAAGAGAUUUAAACCGUCAGGCUCUGAUUCGGAAAUGGGCACCCGUGGCUAUUGUCAUUGGAGUUGUUACUCUCCUCUUCUGGGCGAAAAAUAAGAUUUGGUGAUGCGACUAUCCCAUAUGCAGCUUAGAGAAGUGUCAUUACUCUUUGAUACUUACUGAUUUUGCAACAUCAAACUGUGUGGCAACCGAUAGAUCACUUAACAUUUCAAGGUGACUACCGUGUUGUGUGCGCAAUGAAGAGAGCUUUUGGAAGAUGAGACACUCAAGCUAUGAGUUUGAUAAUGUAAGACAGAUAAACCAUGAUGAGCCAUGUUGGUAAACAUUGACAAAAUGAUAUCAAUCUUAAUCCUCAGCAUAUUUUGUAUUGCUAAACUUUAAAAUUUGAAGUGCAACAUUUAUUGUAGUGCUGAGUUGAUCAGUUGCAACUUUUGAUAUGUUAAAAUACAGCUAUAAGAUUGCAGUGUUGAUGUUUAGUUCUUU